AUGUUUAGAUUUAUGCCUGCUGUGAGAAAUCAAGGAAAAUGUGGAUCAUGUUGGGCUUUCUCAGUUGUUUCCGCUUUAGAAUAUUGGAAUGCUAAACGUGGGAAAAGAUUGCAAUUUUCAGAACAAGACUUGGUCGAUUGCAACACGAGAAACAAAGCAUGUAACGGAGGAAAUCCAUACUUUGCUUUCGAAUAUAUUAAACAUUCGGGAAUAUCCGAUGGAAGGAGAUAUAAAUACGCAGAACAACGACAAUCAUGUAGGAAAUCUCAAUUUCCUUCCAUUCUUCAAAUUAAAAGAUUCUGCACGGGAACUUUAAAUGGAGACGAGAAUGCUUUGAAAUCUGUUGUGGCUAACUAUGGACCGGUUGUUGUUCUCAUAAGAACAUCAAAUACUGAUUUUGAUUUUUAUAAGAGGGGAAUUUACGAUGAUCCGAAAUGCGGCAGCGAUAAAAGAUUAGUUGACCACGCUGUUACUUUAGUUGGAUAUGGCACUGACAGUCGCUAUGGUGAUUACUGGCUGAUCCGAAAUUCUUGGGGAACUUCAUGGGGUGAAAAUGUAAGAAAGUUAAGAUUCAUAAACAAUAAUUAA